AGGCCCGGUAAUGGAGAAAGGCGGGAUCUUGGCGGCGCCUUCUCCUGCCUUUCUUGGUUCCGUGGGGGGUUUUCUUUAUCAUUUCUUGAUUCAUGGUUGCAUUUGUGAGUCUGCUUAUUCAUUCUACGGGUAGUUGGUUCAUCUGUUCGAGCUCCCUAUUCCCACGGAAACGCGGGUUCUUGAUGUUCCUUAGCAGAGUAGGGCAACAGCUAGGCGUGGUUUCUCUUCUUUUGCCUUUUUGUUUACCCCCCCCCCCCUUCUUUCCCCUUUUAAGUUCGGUCGUAGCAUUGGUAAGUGUGUUUCCUGGUUUCUGUUAAUCUGCUUUGGGCCCCAAAUGUCAUGGAAAGUGAGGUCCUGUCCUUGUAGAAACAACCUUGGGGGUGUGAUCGCCGCCUUGCCAAGUUUUGCCUUCAGUGUUUUUUAUGGAUUUGGGAAAUGCCAUGGAAGUAGCAUUGCUCAUCUGUGUAUUCGAGAUUUAGCUAGAACAAGUGGCUCAUUUUUUGCUACCAAAUACCAAUUCCUGGUGGCGCUUUUUUGUGACUUUUAUUUCUACUUUUCUCUAUCAAGAAAGUACACGAUGCCUUUGCCCAACUUCAUUUUCAGUGCCGACUACUAAAAUUGUGUAGGUCCUACCUUUUGCCCCGAAAUGGGACUAUCAUUGCAAGUAGUUGUCAUGUGGAAUGAUGACAUCCUGUGAUUGAAGGGAGAAUUUGUGCCAUCCCUUAACCUUCUAGGCCCUAAUUUUAUAAUUUGUCUAGUCACUAUCACCUAUAGAGAACAAGGGGUGCAGACCUGAGCCAUGGCUUUUGCAGAUUCCUCUUACCUGUUUAUUUCUAUAUCAGAUGCGCCAUUCAAAUGGAUCAUAUUUCUUUAUACAGCUGAUUGGUGGAGUAUGCUUAUUCUAUCACCUGCCAGAGAUACUAAAUUCAGAUUGCUUUGUUUGCGUGGCUCUCCUUGCAACCAGAAUCUAUUCCUGAAGAAUAGCAGACUGUUCCACAAGUAGCUGUUUUAUUCGCAGAUUUGCUAUUUUGACUAUUGAUUGCCCGAUUCAUUAUGAGUCUAUAAAUUGGAAGCGCAUUCACAAGAUUACCAGCUUUCGAGUCUUUUCUGACAUUUUCUACCUCAGGUUAUUAGUCUUGAAGAUCAUGUUUUCUGACUUGUUGCUUCUCAUUUUUAGGGCCACAUAUUCUCCUAUCUAUUAUAGGUCCUCAAAUUGUUGGCAAAAUGAGGCCUUCAGAUGACAGGGCACAAAUCUCAGGUUUUGCACAUUCGGAAGAAUCGUCACUGGAUGUGGAGGGGCAUUGCUACCAUCAGCAGUCAUUCCCUUGUUCUCCAUCAAUGCAACCAAUUGCUUCUGGGUGCACACACACAGAGAACAGCGCGGCAUACUUCUUAUGGCCAACGUCGAACCUGCAGCAUUGUGCUGCCGAGGGACGUGCAAACUACUUUGGCAACCUUUCGAAAGGACUUCUGCCCAAGUCUGGCAGGUUGCCCAAGGGCCAGCAAGCAAAUAGUUUGCUUGACUUGAUGACUAUAAGAGCUUUCCAUAGCAAGAUAUUGCGCCGUUUUAGCCUUGGGACGGCAGUGGGCUUCCGCAUCAGGAAAGGGGUUCUGACAGAUAUCCCUGCGAUUCUUAUCUUUGUUGCUCGAAAGGUUCACAGGAAGUGGCUUGAUCCAACCGAAUGCCUUCCUGCUAUUGUUGAGGGUCCAGGAGGUGUUUGGUGUGAUGUUGAUGUUGUUGAGUUUUCCUACUAUGGUGCACCAGCUCAAACUCCUAAAGAACAAAUGUUCAGUGAGCUUGUUAAUAGGUUGUGCGGCAGUGAUGAAUGUAUAGGUUCAGGCUCUCAGAUUGCAAGUCAGGACACUUUUGGAACUUUGGGUGCAGUAGUAAAACGGCGAACUGGCAACAAGCAGGUCGGUUUCCUUACCAAUCGGCAUGUCGCAGUUGACUUGGACUAUCCAAACCAGAAGAUGUUUCACCCAUUGCCACCCAAUCUUGGGCCUGGUGUUUAUCUUGGGGCUGUCGAAAGGGCAACAUCGUUCAUCACGGAUGAUGUUUGGUAUGGAAUUUAUGCUGGAACAAACCCAGAGACAUUUGUACGAGCCGACGGGGCAUUCAUCCCAUUUGCUGAUGACUUCGACAUCUCAACUGUCACAACUACAGUUAGGGGCGUUGGUGACAUUGGGGAUGUCAAGGUUAUAGAUCUACAGUGUCCGCUUAAUAGUCUCAUAGGGAGGCAAGUAUGCAAAGUCGGCCGAAGUUCUGGUCACACAACUGGAACUGUGAUGGCUUAUGCCCUCGAGUACAAUGAUGAGAAAGGAAUAAGCUUCUUCACUGACCUCCUUGUUGUUGGUGAGAACCGCCAAACAUUUGAUUUGGAAGGUGAUAGUGGAAGCCUUAUUAUCCUGACUGGCCAAGAUGCUGAGAAGCCACGCCCUAUUGGAAUAAUAUGGGGUGGAACAGCAAACCGCGGGAGGCUAAAGCUUACAAGUGAUCAUGGCCCUGAAAAUUGGACCAGUGGAGUCGAUCUUGGCCGCCUUCUAGAUCGUCUGGAACUUGAUCUUAUCAUAACAAACGAAUCACUCAAAGAUUCCGUGCAGCAGCAAAGGCUUGCUUUGGUGGCUGCAGCUAACUCUGCCGUUGGGGAGUCUUCCACAGCAGCUGUUACCGUCCCUGAAGAAAAGGUGGAAGAGAUCUUUGAGCCUCUAGGGAUCAAAAUUGAGCAGCUGCCUCGGGAUGGCCUGCCGGUCUCUGGAACUGAAGGGGAGGACGCAGCUGUGACCAAUGUGGAAGAGCAUCAGUUCAUCUCAAAUUUCGCCGGCAUGUCCCCCGUGCGCCGUGACCAGGAUGCUCCCAGGCACAUCGCCAACCUGAACAAUCCAUCGGAGGAAGAACUCGCCAUGUCGCUGCACCUAGGCGACCGGGAGCCCAAGCGGCUACGCACGGACCCAGAGUCAGAGCUCGACCUGGAGAAGUGAAGCGCUCGUUUCGGCGUCUCAGGAUGAUCAUGUGGACAAUCAGAAGUGGUAGUCCAAAGGUUCCCUGCGGUUCAGCAAACUGAACCUGCAGUAUUAGCUUGAACCAGCAGCUUACUGGCGAAGCAAAGCAUAUCAUGCACCAUGGUGAAACUUGAUUCAGCCCCUGUAGGAUGUUAGGUGGUACCCCAGCAGUUUUGCUGUGCCCUUGAGACCUUGAUAUACACAUUGCUGAAUCCCCUAUCUUGGAGAACAGUGUGCAGGGAGUGAUGAGAUAGAUGGCCUUCAUCACUUUUCCCUUAUAAUCAUUCAUGAUGUUUCAUGACCAGUUUCUGGA